AUGAAGGCUCACACUUUGAGUCUCGGUUUCUUUGCCGGGCUCGCACUUUCUCAGUCCACGACCGUACCCGUGGCCGCGGAGCUCCUCGGAGCCAUCGACCAGUGCGGCCCGGACGCCUUCAAGGGUUGUCCUGCUGAUAUCAGCGCUCCUCACCGUUGCCUCAAGUUCCAGGAUAGCACGGCUGGGCUUGUUCAAGACACAUGCGUUUCCAGCUGUCCCCAGAACUCGCCUUGUCUUACAAAAUGUGGCACAAACCGUGGAAAGGCAUGGUGUGGUGCAGCCGGAGCAUGCUAUUGCGACCAAGGCUGGGAUAGUGCUAUUGCUUCUCCCGGAGACCCUUAUGACCUUUCGUGGGUGAAGAAGUGGGCGGCCAUUGGCGACUCUUACUCCGCUGGCAUUGGCUCCGGCUCGCCGUACGCCAACACCUCAAGCAACUGUGCUCGUUACGACCAGUCGUACCCGGCUUACAUGCAGUCCCACGAGCUCAUGCCUGAGACCGCAAAAUUUGAGUUCCUCGCCUGCUCCGGCGCCACCGGACCCGAGAUUCUCGCCGAUCAGGUCCCCGCCAUGGGCACCGGCUACGACAUCAUCACCGUCAGCGCCGGCGGCAACGAUGUCGGCCUGACCAGUAUCCUCAACGCCUGCGUCUUCCAGUGGAACCCCUUUGCCAACUGCGCCGACGAGAUGCAGGCCACCCUCAACCUCAUCCGGGGUACCCUGCCGGGGAACCUGGACAAGCUGUACGCCGGCCUCAAGGGCAAGAUCAACACGGGCCGCAAAAUCUACGUCACGGGCUACGCAACCUUUUUUGACAACACCACGACCGCCUGCGACAGUGUGAGCUGGUCGUUCUGGUUCAACAGCGCCAACAAGCAGAGGCUCACCACUGAGCGCAGGAGUCUGAUGAACGAGCUCACCAGGGCGGUCAACAGCGCCAUAGCGGCCGCCGUCCAAAGAGCCGGUCCCUCAUUCGAAUUCGUCGACUACGACCAGUACUUCACGGUGCUCCAGGGCCGCUUCUGCGAGGGUGCCACCGUGGAGCCCGACGGAAACCGCGAUGGUCUCCUGUUCUUUGAGUGGUCGACCAAGAACGACGGUACCACUCUCGCGAGACGUGAAGCCGAGCCCGAGGUCGCUUCUUUCGACAACGAACAGGUGAUCCCUCGCGCUACCCCCACCAUUGACGAGGCCGAGGUUCCCUCCGUGGAGAUGCGCAGCAGCAAGCUGGGCCUCUUGUCUCUACUCUCCAAGCGUACCGGGCAAAUGUGGAGAUCAUUCCCGCGCAGGCAAGCCGCCGAUGCCAACACAAGGACACCAGUCCUGGAAGUCCGUGCGGGCGCCGCCGCCGCCACGUCGCCGACGAUCGAGCAGUAUAUUGCCGAUCAAAUUGGGGAAGCGCGUAAACGGAACUCGAGCCUGGUGGUCUCCACCUCCGACAACACCGCCGCAGACCCGAGAUUCCGGGGCCGCAGCGGCCUCCAAGUCUCCGACUUCAUCGGGGACGAGAUCAAGAGGGUGUUUCACCCGCGUCCCGGCGGUCACGCCGUCAUAGCCAACCUCCUCAUGUGGCGUCUGGCCGAGGACAACGCCGCGGCUAUCGGGAAAAAGGAUUUAGGCGUCCCGGAGGCUGCCGGUUGUGCGGCCCCCGUCCCGACCGAGCAGGGGAUGCCCGACAAGAUCCCCGGCGUCGUAGUAGAUUGCCAGCUAGCUACGCUCAAUUGCCUCAACUGCAUAGGAGGAGCCUCAAGUAUCGGUUUUUUUGUUUGUAGCUUCCAGCACCACUCCAAUUGCAACGCUUGCGGUGGCAGCGGCAAGGGAUGUCCGUGCUAA